AUGGCAUCGUUUCUGCAGCACGCACGUCGGGUCGCGUACGACACUCGCAAGGCGGACCACGCGCCUGUACGCCAAAUCAGAAGAGUCUCUCGAACAGCUCCUUUGUCCUUGUUUAUCGAGGUGUUGGAGGCAGAUGGCUGCGUUAUAGUAAAGGACUUCACAGACGAAGCCACAUUAGCAAAAGCCGAUCAUGAAGUCCGUCCACAUCUAGAGCAGCAAGGAGAGGGAGCCAAAGUCGGCGCUCUUCAAGGAAAGACCAGAACAGUCACCCGCCUCAUUGGCAAGAGCGCCACUGUUCGAGAGAAGUUCUUCGCGGAUCCUCUUUACCAAGAUCUGUGCGAGCAUUUCCUGUCGUUGGAGACGACGCAUUGGUACGGCGACAAGCCUUUGACCACCACGAGUCACCCGCUGCUCUCGAUCUCUAUUACCUUCGAUAUCCCUCCCGGUACACCUGCUCAGGGGUUGCACCGCGACGACAAGAAUCACCACGCUCGUCACAGCCACGCAGAGUCAUAUCAGAAAGGCCGCGAUAUUCUGCUGGGCUUGUUUGUUCCAGCAUGCGACACGACAAAGGCCAACGGUGCUACAAGAGUUGUCCCGGGCAGCCAUUUGUGGGGGGAUGAGAUUCCUAACUUUGGCAAGGACGGGAAGCGUGGCGUAGUCGACGCAGAGUUACGGAUGGGCGAAGCAUUCAUUAUGCUUGGGAGUCUUUAUCACGGAGGCGGCGCGUAUGAGGAGCCACUUGGUGUUCCAAAAGAAGGGACAAGAGAGAGCAGAACAGUCCACGCCAUGUUUUCCUGCACAGGCGUGCAUCGACAGGAAGAAGUCUCGUUCUUGUCGUACCCCAUCGAGGAGGUCAAGACAUACUCGAAAAUCGUACAAGAGCGACUCGGUUGGAAACAGAGUGAGCCGAAUCUUGGCUGGGUUGACCUCAAGAGUCCGGAAUUUCUUCUCGCAGAUUGA